ACCCUAGCAUCGGCCGCGCGCGUCCCCCGGGGUGGGCCCCAGUCCUCGUUCCAGUCCCAGUUCGCCAGCCCGCCCCCGGGACGCGGACGUCGCAGAUGAUGCCAGGUGCCCGAACGGUGACGCGACUAUGGGGCAAGUCCUGGGCUGCUGCAAGCCUAUCGCUGCCAAUGACGGCUCGGUGCUGGACCGCGUUAUUUCACAGGCGUCGAACGAGGACGACUGCCUGCUGUACCGCCUCGCCAACUACAAGAUGGGCGGCGAGUUGAUCGACGCCUACAACGUGGGCGGGCAGGUGGAGGUGGAGAAGCUGAUCCGGGAGCAGUUCGGCGUGCUCAUGUACUGCGACGGCAAGGGGCAGAUCAUCAACAGGGCCGAGUACCUCCGCUGGAAGUUCCGGGAUCUCAAGCAGGUGGUGCUGCCCAUCGAGGCCUCGCUCAGCCCCCACGACCCCCUCGCCAAGUGGGAGGACCACGAGGCGUGCUGGCAGAUGCAGUACCGCGGAUCACUCGGCGAGACGCUCCUCCACGUCCUCAUCAUCUGCGACACCAAGCUGCACACCAAGCUGGCGCGCACGCUCAUCAAGUGCUUCCCCAAGCUGGCCCUGGACGUGGUGGAGGGCGAGGAGUACCUGGGCGCCAGCGGGCUGCACCUGGCCAUCGCCUACGCCAACAACGAGCUGGUGCAGGACCUGGUGGACGCGGGCGCCAACGUGAUGCAGCGCGCCAUCGGUAGCUUCUUCCUGCCGCGCGACCAGCAGCUCGCCCGGCCCAAGAAGUACACUGACUACGAGGGCCUCGCCUACCUCGGUGAGUUCCCCCUGGCGUGGGCGGCGUGCUGCGCCAACGAGAGCGUCUACAACCUGCUCUGCGACACCGGCGCCAACCCCGACGCGCAGGACUCGUUCGGCAACAUGAUCCUGCACAUGGUGGUCGUCUGCGACAAGCUGGACAUGUUCGGCUACGCGCUCAGGCACCCGCGCCUGCCGGCCAAGAACGGCAUCGUCAACAAGGCCGGGCUGACGCCGCUCACGCUCGCCUGCAAGCUGGGCCGCGCCGAGGUGUUCCGGGAGAUGUUGGAGCUGAGCUGCCGCGAGUUCUGGCGCUACUCCAACAUCACCUGCUCGGCCUACCCCCUCAACGCCCUCGACACCCUUCUCCCGGAUGGCCGCACGAAUUGGAACUCGGCACUGUUCAUCAUCCUGAACGGGACCAAAGAGGAGCACUUGGACAUGCUGGACGGCGGCAUCAUCCAGCGGCUCCUGGAGGAAAAAUGGAAAACGUUCGCGAGGCAACAGUUUCUGAAGCGCCUGGGCAUCCUGUCGCUGCACCUGCUCACCCUGAGCAUGGCCGUGUACCUGCGGCCCGAGCGCGGCGAGCAGGAGGACGACGACUGGAACGCACGGUCCAUCCUGAGGGCGGGCUUCGAGGUGGGCACGCUGUGCAACAUCCUCAGCUACCUGAUCGUCCAGCAGGGCGGCGAGAUCAAGAACCAGGGCCUGCCGUCGUUUCUCAAGGGGCUGGGCAACGCCCCCGCCAAGGCCAUCUUCCUCGUGUCCAAUCUCCUGAUCCUGCUCUCCAUACCGUUCAGGUUUAACGGGGACCGCGUGACAGAGGAGGCCAUCCUGGUGUUCGCGGUGCCGGGAUCCUGGUUCCUGCUUAUGUUCUUCGCCGGGGCGGUGCGACUCACGGGGCCUUUCGUCACCAUGGUGUACUCGAUGAUCACUGGCGACAUGCUCACCUUCGGCAUCAUCUACACCGUCGUCCUGUUCGGCUUCUCGCAGUCUUUCUACUUCCUGUACAAGGGCUUUCCAGGCGUCAAGAACUCGCUCUACGCGACGUACCCCGCCACCUGGAUGGCCCUCUUCCAGAUCACCCUGGGCGAUUACAACUACCCCGACCUGGGCAACACGACGUACCCCUCGCUCAGCAAGACGGUGUUCACCAUAUUCAUGGUGUUGGUGCCCAUCCUCCUGCUCAACAUGUUGAUCGCCAUGAUGGGCAACACUUACGCGCACGUCAUCGAGCAGAGCGAGAAGGAGUGGAUGAAGCAGUGGGCCAAGAUCGUCGUCAACCUGGAGCGGGCCGUGAACCAGCAGGACGCGCACCACUACCUGCAGGAGUACUCGAUGAGCCUCGGGCCCAGCGACGACCCGGCCCAGGAGCAGCGCGGCGUCCUCGUCAUCAAGAGCAAGUCCAAGACCAGGGCCAAGCAGCGCAAGGGAGCCGUCUGCAACUGGAAGAGGGUGGGCAAGGUGACCGUCGCCGAGCUGCGGAAGCGCGGCAUGACGGGCGAACAGCUCCGCAGGAUCAUGUGGGGGCGCGCGUCCAUAUCCACCCCCGUCAAGAAGAAGAAGAUCAAGACCGGCUACGACCUCACGGCGCUGGUGGCCGACCCGUACGCCAUCGCCGACACCGUUCCUUUGGACACGACGACCGUUGCCCCUGCGACAGCCGCGCCUCCCGCGCAGCCGGGCCAGGGCUUCGGCGCCUUCACCGCGGCCAUGGACAUUUUAGCGUUCGCGGACGACAUCGCCGUGCCCCAGGCUGGCGCUAACGCGGUGGCAGCGACAGGGCUCGGCCCGGGCGUGCAGCCGGCCAAGCCUGGCGUGGUCAUGAACGGAGUGCCGCCACAGAUGAACCCCCCGCCAUCCCUGGGGCCGGCCGUGGGCGCGGCGGGGAUCCUGACCCCGGGGAUCGUGCCCACGACGCCUCCGCCGCCGUACCCGGGACUCGCGACUCCAUUCGCGCCCGCACCCCAAGCCGUCCCGACGCCCGCCGUCCCCGCCCCGGACGACCCGCUCCGCGAGCUGGUGCUCGUGGCCGAAGGCCCCCGCUGCAGCCCGGAGCAGCUGGCCGCGCUGGCGCGCAGAGCGGCGGACACCGACCACCUGGAGGAGGUGAGCCCGGAGGAGGUGGGCAUCGCCAUGAGCUUCGUGGAGCCGGGAGGGCCCGGCGCGGCCAGCGCGCUCCGAGACCGCAAGCGCUCCGUGACGCUCGACCCCAGCGACAGCGACGACUUCGGGGAGGGGCCGCUUCUGGGCCGCGUUGCUCGUCUCCGGCGCGCCCGCUCCGCCGUCUCCCGCCCUGGCGUGGAGCGGGCGCGGCUGCACCUCGACGACGGCUACUCCUCGUCGACGGCGUCCUCGUUCGACGCGGGCCUGCUGAGCCCCUCUACGGCGAUGGGCUUCAUCAUGCCACCCCUCGCUGCCUCCGCCCAGCAGCCGGCCGCCCCCGGGUUUGUGAGCCCCGCCGCCGCGCCACGGCCCCAGACUGCCCCGGCGGUCGCGCCCACGGCGGCGGCGUCCUCGGCAGCACCAACCGCGGCGUCAGCGACCACGCCCCAGCCCAAACAGCCAGCACCGGCCCAGCAAAUGCCCGAGCCGGCGGCUAGCUCUACCAAUGGGAAUGGGAGAAAGCGACACAAACGGCCUAAAACGGCAAAGCCGAACAGGGUGGCGCCCACUCCGGAGGCCCCUCCGCGCAGGGGAAUGUCCGCGGGACCCACUUCCACCAACGGCCCUCCGAGCAGCGGCAGCGGGAGUGCAGACAGUCAGGAUCCGCUGGAGCCCUGGAGUGUGAGGGGCAUCGAGCCGAUGAACGCACUGCUGGCCUGGGACCAAGAUGAGCACGACAGCAUGUGAUGAGUCGUGAACUGAAGGACAGAAGAUGUCAACUUCAACAUAGAGAGCGAGAGAGGAACUGUAAAUUUCUCAUUGAAAUUUAUUUACAAUUGUUUAACUAAAUGCUCACAACAGUGUUUGUUGAUAGAUUAUAUAUAGAUCUUUCGUGGAAGAGGCACAGAAAUUAGAAUGCCAUCAUCGUCCCCGCAAACAGACAGGAUUGGCAAACGAGAACAUGAAAAUUAUCUUUUAUCAACC